AUGUCGUCAGGUCUACCGAUGCCCUGUGCGAUUCGCAACCUUCCAAGCUAUCAAUUACCUGCCAAACAUGUGCCUCAAGUUAUAAUUGAGAUCAACGGAGAGAAAGAUGGAGAGAAGAGAACAUUCUCGACACUGGAUCUUAUAGAGGGUACUGCGAUUGUAACGGUGACUCGGGAAACUGAUCUCGGUCAUGUUGAUAUUACGCUUGAAGGUACCUCUACAACAUCCGCCAGUCGGGCAGUAUCAUUUGUGCCAGGCCGGAGAAAGGCUUCACACAAGUUCCUUCGCCUCAGACAACCGAUCGAUCACAUUCAGGAAACACAUCUAGUACCUGGGCAAUCAUACAGAUUUCCCUUCUCUUUUGAAGUUCCCGAGAGCAUCAGCUCACAACAAUGCGACCAUUCAACCAAAGACGCGGAGGUGGAACAGGCGCACACACAACUACCGCCCACGUUUGAAAGCCGUUCAUCUAAAUUCUGGCAAUCUACCGCGGGAGGCUGGGCCCCAAAGGCGUGCAGAAUUUCCUACAAAAUCCGAGUCGUGCUUUCAGAGAAGUCUCAGACCACUACCAGUACGCCUAGAAGCAAACUCUGUGAUGUUUCCCGCUCUCUACGAAUCAUGCCAGCUGCGAAAAUGACAAAAGCCCUCGACUGCCCGCUUCAUUAUCUGGUCCAUGAGAAGCAAUCCGAAUGUCGCUCUCUGGGAAGAAACCUGGGAAAUCUCCAGGUCGCCGCUGAAGAGCCAAGGCAGAUUCAAAUUUCAUCCACGAGUACUGGCAUUAACACCGGUUCAACUUCUGCGGUUCAACUCCAUUUUACUUUCGACCCCACGACAAACACACUGCCACCCCAAUUAUGCAAGCUUCGAUCAAAACUCGAGGUAGCUACAUACUAUGGCACGAGUCCAUGGGAAGACUACCCGACGACAGAAGAAAUGGAAUGCACCGGUACUGAUCGCGAGGCAUACGUCACGACAACUCCUCUUCAGUCUUUGGACUUGACAUCGAUGCAAUGGGAAAAACUUCCUUCGUUCUAUUCAGCGAAAGUGAAAUCGGCAGACUCGGCUUCAGAGUAUUCUGUCAGCUCAUCUGGGACAUCGCCGGGGCAUUCAUACACCGUUUCUGUCACUGUCCCGAUCAAUUUACCGGACGAGCAUGCCCUCGUGCCCACGUUUCACUCAUGUCUCGUGUCUCGCACCUAUGCCAUUGAUCUCGCCCUCUCAUACCAGGUGCCAUCGGCGAUCUGUAAAUCUACUAUGAACUUGCGUAUUCCGAUUGAAGUGGUAUAUGGCAGGUAG